AUUUUUGUACUAUAUAAUAGCAUUAGAUAAACGGUAUGGUAAAAUUUUACUAAACGGAAACAAAAAUCUUAACUCUAAAUUUAAUUUUCAAACUUAAAUCCAUAAUUUUGAAAUAAACUCCAAACCCUAUUUUCUAAACCCUAAUAAAGUACUAGACCACACAAUUUAUAACACUAAACUUCAAUUAAUUAUAAAUUCCAAAACUCAAAUCCUAUUUCUCAAACUACAAAUUCUAUAUUAUAAACAUAUAACAUUAAACCACUAAACAACAUACGUUUUAAAAAUUCUAUAUUAUAACCGAAUCUGACGACAUGGACUAAGCCAUCGAGUAAGUUCCUCACCGGGGCUCCAAUUAGGGUUUAGAUUCGGAAUGAAUAUUCAUUCCUUUUGAUCCAUUAAUGGUUAAUACGGAUCUUAUGUCAUUCUAAUAUUAUUUAUGUAUGUUCUUAUAAUUUUAUUCCUACCACAGAAAGGUGGAAUCUUGAGGAAGGUGGAAGAGACAGAUGAAACUUGAUGAAGGUGGAGGAGUCACAGAGCUUGAGGAAGGCGGAGAAGGUUCGGAAUGUGCGGCCGGAGCUUAUGGAAGGCGGCAGCUGAGAAGGUUCGGAAUGCUACCAAAGAGACACACAGAGCUUGAGGAAGUUUAGGUUUAGGUUUAGGUUUAGGUUUAGGCGGAACGUAGGUUUAGGUUUUGGUUAAAUGUGGUUUAGUCUACUUAAUUUUUUUUAAUUUUGGUUUAGUUUUGUAAACUGAUAUUUAAUUUUAAUAAAAUAUAUUUUUAAUUGUAAAUUAAUUCUGAUUUAAAUUUUAAUUAUUUAAUUAAAAAACAGUUAUAAUCGAAUAUUUAAAAUCAAUAAUAGGAAAAAAAAGAAGGUUAUUGUAUUAUAACAUCAUAUCAUUUAAAAUUACCUAUAAAUUGGACAAUCAUAACAUCUGAAGCUAUAACCAAAUUUAAUAUAGGAAUUAUCAAUAGCUAUCGUAGAAUGACAUAUCAUAGCUCGAAUUAUGAAUCGUAAACAAUUUGUGUCGAAAAAUAGUCGUGUUAUAGUUACGUUAAUAAUUGCAUUCAUUUAUCGCUAUUGUAUCUGUACAUUUUAUAGCGUCAAAAAAAUGCUAUCGUAGGGAGAGUACCUAUGAUGGCAAUCGAUGACAUAGCAUAUGAGAAAACGCUAUGAAAGCCCUACUAUAGCAUUUUUCAUAAGCUAGGAAUGUACAUAUUUCUUGUAGUGAUAGUUUUUUUUUUGUCAGCAACAUAUACAGACUCAUAUAGACUCUGUAAACCAAACUGGUAACUCUGCAUCCAUGUGAACGACGAAAGACGAUAGUUGUCUGACACUGCGUGCUAGACUAUCCGCCCUUUUAUUUUCCGUUUGAGGUACAUGAAUGAUUUCUGAAUUCAGAAAACUCCCUUGUAAGAUCUUGAUAUCUUCUAAAUAAUUUGCAAACGCUGGCUAUUCCUCUGGUUCCAAAACCAUCUUCACCAACUGAGAACAAUCCAUUGCAAAUGUAACAUGAAACUGGCGUAAAUUCUUCAUACACUCCAUUGCCCAUAUUAAAGCUUCCACCUCCGCAUGGAGAGGUGAAAGACUUGCUCUAGUAUUCUUUGUCCCCAUCAAUCCAUCGAAACCCUCCAAAGUGAUAUAUCAACCUUGUCCUGAACGAAUAUCCUUAUUUUUCCACGAACCAUCUAUGAAGCACCAUCUUCCUGGAAUUGUCGGAAGGGUCUUGAUCCCCACUUGGUAUUGUAGUGAUAGUAAGUUUCUACCUUUUGGUAUAGGUAGAGGAGCGUGUCCUGGCAUGGGACUGGCCCAUAUUGUAUUGAGCUCAGUUUAGGGUCGCUGAUCCAGUGUUUGAUUGGGAGAGGGAUGACGACGUGGCAGUUGACAUGCCAUAAGGAAAGGGAUGAAGACUGCCUUUAGUUGCUAAAUUAACAUGCAUUGCAUUGCUGAUAAUAAAGAACAUUUUUAUUUGUAUUUCUUAAAAAAUUGAGAAAUUUAAUUUUUUAAUCAUCGUUUCUAGGUCCAUGAAUCGAGAUUGCUCACUCGAUUUCUUCUAGACAUUUCUUAAAUCCCAAAAUUAUUAUGCCUAGUCGCAAAUAUUGAAAGAAAAACGCCUCUAUAUAUUUCUUUUCUUGCUCCAUUAAGAUUCCACGUAACAAAAAAAACAUUUCAAACUCGUGUCCUAAAACAUUAGUGUAUCUACUUUUCUAUAAAGUUGUAUAGUGCAAAUAGAUCGUCUUCAGUUAGGAGAGGAAAUCAGGAAAAGCGACAAGAUGUUUAAUUUGCUUUCAUUCGCUCUAGUCCUCGUAUUAUUUGUAGCGGCUUAUCUUCUCCGAGCAAAGCAAAAUUUACCACCAAGUCCGGUGGGUUUUCCGGUGAUCGGACACCUCCACCUGCUCAAAGAUCCUGUUCACCGUUGCCUAAGUGACCUUUCUAAGAGCCUCGGUCCCGUGUUUUCUCUCAGGCUUGGCUCUUGUCGAGCCGUAGUCGUCACGUCAGCUUCCGCAGCGGAGGAGUUCUUAUCACACGAAAAUGAUAUCGUUUUCGCAAACAAGCCCAUCACUACUUUGUAUGCAUAUGUUCUUUACAACAACACGGCGGUUAGCGUAGCCCCCUACGGAGACCACUGGCGUAACCUCCGCCGUAUCUGCACCGUCGAGAUCUUUUCUGCCGCUCGUCUCAAAGAAUCAUUCGAGAUCCGGAGAGACGAAGUGAGAUCUAUGCUUCAGACAAUCCACGCCGCGGCGACAUUACGAGGAAACAACUCUGUCCGAAUGGAGCUACGACCGUUGCUUUCAGGGUUUACGUUGAACGUCAUCAUGAGAAUGGUUGCUGGAAAACGUUACUACGGCGAGGAAAACGCGGAAGCUAAGGAAUCGAAGGAGCUGAUCAGCGAGACGUUCGAGCUCGGAGGGUUUACUUACGUCGGUGACUUUCUUCCGAUUGUGAAGCUGUUUGAUUUCGAUGGAUACGUUAAGAGGACCAAGAAACUUGGCUUGAAAUUAGACAAGUAUAUGCAGAAACUGGUCGACGAACGCAGAAGAAACAGGGGAAAAACAGAGUUUAAGAACACAAUGAUCACUCAUUUGCUUACUCUUCAAGAAACGCAACCCGAGCUCUACACCGACCAGAUCAUCAAAGGGCUCGUACUGGUGAUGUUAUUCGCCGGGUCGGAUACAACGUCGGUGACAUUAGAGUGGGCUAUGGCUAACCUUCUAAAUCAUCCAGAUGUGUUAGUGAAAGUCAAGACGGAACUAAACAACAUCGUCUCAAGAGAAGGGCGUUUGGUGGAAGAAUCUGAUACGAGCACUUGUACGUAUCUCAAUAAUGUGAUCUCAGAAACUCUUCGUCUGUAUCCUGCAGCUCCAUUGCUUGUCCCACACGCGUCGUCCCGUGACUGCAAAGUUGCUGGGUAUGAUAUUCCACGUGGCACAUGGCUAUUCAUCAAUGCGUGGGCUAUUCAGCGAGACCCAAAGAUGUGGGAUGAGCCAGAGGUUUUUAAACCGGAAAGGUUCGACAGUGAAGGGUGGAAGACCCAACAUGGUAAGUUUCUACCUUUUGGAAUGGGUAGAAGAGCUUGUCCUGGAAUGGGGCUUGCACAACUUGUAUUGGGCUUGGCUUUAGGCUCAUUGAUACAAUGUUUUGAUUGGGAGAAGGAUGAAGACGUGGCAGUUGACAUGUCGGAAGGAAAGGGUCUUACCAUGCCUAAAGCUUUGUCUUUAGUUGCUAAAUGCAAGUCUUCUUCGAUCCUAGACAGCGUUGUCAUUUAGUUUCAUGUAUUUUAUCAGGCGGUCAUUAACGUUGCUAAUAAGAACAUUAUGGUCAUCAACGUCCCUAAUACAUUAUAAAUUCCUAAUGUUCAACAUUCAGAACUUAUAGAUAAGAAAAAACUAAUGUUCAGAGAAACCUAGAGUCGUAGCAAUACAAAAAAAAAAGAUCUAAAGGAUCAUGCACCAAUGAUCCUGAAAACUAUAGUUUGUUUCGUGCAAUCGGUGAAACUCUAAGAUGAGUUCAGAAAAUCCCCUAAAAUAGGUCCGCAUUCGUAGAACCAGACAAUGUCAUUCACAAUUCGAACCAAAUCCAAAAAUCUGUUGAAUUAAGCUUGAAAGAAAAAGAAACUUGAAUUUUAAGUCAAAGACCUAAUCCUACCGAGUUAUAGUUUUGUAAAAAGAUUAUGAAAAGGAAAUAUGAAAUAUGUUAAGUUCAUAGAGUUUAGGAGAAAUCUAAUCUCUAUAUAUAAGGAGAUACCAAUGUGUGGUAUAACUUAUGAGUUUGUGAAAAAUUAUGAAUUGUGUGAGUGAUUGAGAACUUAAGGUUUUUGAAUGAUUUUUCCUUAAGAGAUUAAUAAGAGAGUUAUUCUUAUUAAGUUUGUUUGUGCUUCAUAAUCGAGAUUCAAUAAAAUGUAGCCUGGAAGAGAUUGAAGGGGAGAGAUAACAGAGAAGGCUAUUCAUUGUACCUAAUUCCUUAAGAUAUCUGAUACCACUCAAAUUACCCUAAGGAGUGAAUUACUCUCUCAAAUAAAAGGUUCAGUUACAGUACUUAGGGACCGAAUCCACAAGGAGCUAGGGAACCUAUUAAAUCUAGUCAAAUUAUUAAUUCUAAGUGUUUGUUGUUUUAUGGUUUUAAAGUAAAUAGCAAUCCUAAUUGAGCAAGUCUAUUGCUCGACUAACAAGAUGAUUGGGGGUGUAACUUAUUGGAAGAUAUUAGAUGCAGGGUUUCUAUUCAGGUGUUGGAGAUUAUAAUCCU